CUUCCCUUUUCCAGAUAGGACACACGCUGGGAGCUCGGCGAGAGAGAAAAGAGACAUGGUCAGUGGGCCUGAUGGCUUCCGGCCACUGUCGGCGACAUUCCCAGGCUCAAGCCCAGUCGCCUCGCCAUCGUCUUCGUCGUCCUCGUCGUCGGCCCUGAGGGCAGCGCCCGGAGGCAUGCGUGGGGGCGCAGGACCAGGGCCAGGGCCAGCGCCGUACAGCCAGCUGUCCUCGUGGUUCCCCAGCAGCAGCCACCACGCCGGGGCGGCGUCGUCGCCCUACGCGGGCACGCCCCUCCACCACCACCACCACCACCCUGGACCGUACCCGCUGGCGAACCUGGAGCACGAGCCGGCGCCCUAUGCGUCGUCGUCCUCCGCUGCUGCUAACCAUGCGACGCUGCCACCGCGCGCGACAGGCCCCUCUGGUGCUGCUGCUGCUGCCGGCCCUUCGUCGAGCUCGCACCGGCAAGCGGGCGGCCAGGCCUCGACGACCUCCCCGCCGCUCUCGUCGACGUCGUCGUCGGACAAGCGCACAAAGGCCAAGGGCCACACCUCGAGCGACGACGAGAUCGGCGGCGGCGGCAAUGAUGACGAGACCGGUGCGCAGGCGCCGUCGAAGCGGGGCAAGAAGCGGCGCCGUGUCGUCGUCGCAUGCGACACAUGCCGCCGCAAGAAGGUCAAGUGCCAGGGCCUGCCGAACCGAAGGAAUACGUGCGAAAACUGCGAGAACAUGGGCUACACGUGCACGUUCACCGUCGACCAGGACCGGAGCAGGGGCAAGUACGAGAUCCUCGAGACGCAGCGCGACACGCUCCUGGCGGCGCUCAAGAGCGUCGCGCCCGACCUCGCCGAGCAAUUCAGCAAGGGCGACCUCCAGGCUUCUUUGCAGCAGCAGCAGCAGCAGCAGCAGCAGGCGACGACAACCGACGCCAAGAAGCGCGACAAGACAAGGGCAAAGGAGGCGCCCGACGACGACGUCAAGGACCCGCGCGACCUGGGGCCCAUGCUCCCCGACGUCGAGGACGGCCGCCCGAGGUACUUUGGAGGCAGCAGCAGCCUCAAUUCCUUUCACAACCUCGACUCGCGGCCGCCCAGCCCGGGCUCGGGCCACCACGCUUCCCUGCCUCAUCCGCCGCAUCCUUCUCAUCACGCAGGCUCAGCAAUCGCCCAACCAAGCCCCGGCUCUGGCUCAGGAUCAGGCACGGGCUCAGCCUCUGGCCUCCAAGCACUGGCAGCAACAGCUUCAAAGAGGGCAGGCACAGGAGCAGGAGCAGUCGACGCGCAGCGCAUGCUCAACGGCAGCAACAGCGCCGGCAAGAAGUGGCAGGUGCUCCCCCGGCCACGGCCGCUGUACCCGAGCAACUCGCUCGCGUGGGUGCGCCUGAUGCGGUGCAAGAACCUCGUUGCUGUGGGCCGCGACGAGCUGUAUGCGGACCAGGGCUGGUUCGAGCGCUACCGGUUCCCGUCCCACGACCUCCUCGAGGAGCUCCUCGACGUGUUUUUCCACCGUCUCAUGCCCCUCAUGCCCAUCGUCCACGGCCCGUCGCUGCGCCGGGACCUGGCCCAGGGCAGGGCGAACCAGGACUCUGCGUUCCGCGGCCUCGUCUUCACCAUUCUCGCCAUCGCGGCCCGCUUUGUGCCCCCCGACGAUGUUCGCGUCCUCGCCGAUGCCGACGAUCCCUCGAGCGCCGGCGACCACUGGGCCGCUGCCUCGCGUCUUUACCACCAGGUCUUUGCCGCCUCGCUCAUCAAUGUCCAGGUGCUCCUCCUCACGGCCACCUUUAUGCCUGCCUCGCUCGGCGUCGGCACCUCCUGGACUGUCCUCGGCGUCGCGAUCCGCGCGCUGCAGGACAUUGGCCUGCACACCGAAAAGGCCUACAGCGAGUACUCGCCCUUUGAGCGCGAGAUGCGCCGCCGCGUCUUCUGGGGCACUUUCAUUCUCGACGGCAUCCUCAGCGUCAACCUCGGCCGGCCCACGGCGCUGCGCAUGGCCGACUGCCACGUCCACCUGCCCUUGCUUGCCAGCGAAGAGGCCCUCAUGCGCUCCGAGGAGACGGGUGCCCCCGUCGAGGUGCUCGCCGAUGUCAAGCAGCAGCCCGUCGUCGCCGCCGGGUUUAUCCACAUGAUUCGCGUCAACAUGCUCGUCCAGGACAUUGUCGUCACUCUUUACCCCGUCACGCGCCUCCAGGCCGACUUUGGCCACGCGGGGCCCACCCGGCCCUCGUACCGCGACAUGACCGAGCUCGCCAAGCGCCUCGACGAGUGGGUCGAGGGUAUUCCCCCGUACCUCCAGAGCAUCCGCACCUCACCCUUCAAGCUCCAGGCGGGCAUCAUCACCUGCGCACGGCACGACAUCCGCCUCUACAUCCACAAGCCCUUUCUGCACAGCGGCGUGGGCGACCACUCGGCUUCUUCCGCGGCGGCUGCCUCUUCUUCCGCAGCGGCUGCUUCCUCGUCCUCGUCGCACGACUCGGUGCUCAAAAAGAUGCUGCUGCCCACGUGCGCAGACCACGCUCGCAAGUGCCUCGAGACCGUCCUCGAGCUCCACCAGGAGGGCCACCUGUCGGACAUGGUCUUUGUCUUCCAGCAGGCUUUCCUCUCGACGGCGACGUUUAUGAUUACCGUCUGGCACUCGACGCGCGACGCGGCCCGGCUCGCGCGCGAGGACGGCGACCUCGUGGCGGCGACGCUCCUCUCCAUCAGCCGCCUCGACUCGCGCUUCUUCUCGGCCCUGCUCCGGCGCGCCCAGCGAAUCCUCUGUGGCAUCGCCGCGCGCAUGCUGCCCCACCUCGACGAGGAGAGGCGCCAGCGCAUGUCCGACCUCAUCAAGCGCAACGGCGGCGCGCUCGAGAAUGCCUCGCCGUUUGUCUUUGGCGGCGUCGCCUCGUCGUCGGAUUCUUCCACCGCCCCUGCUGGCGGUGCUUCUUCUUCUUCGAUAGAUGCUGCGAUGAGGCGCACACAGCCUUCGUCCGGAGCAGCGGACACUGGCGCGGCUGCUCCGUCCUUGGGAUCCAACGGUGCCACCGUCGCCGCUGCCCCGUCGUCGUGGACUUCGAUGCCAGAGUACGCCGUCUCGGGCGCACCAACGGCCUUUGCAGCUGCGACGGAGGCAAACCCCGCCCCACCGUCAACAUCGUCGGGAGCCGCAGCGCAGCAUGAAGACACCGCCAGCACCCUGCUGGACCCCAAUUUUGACGCGCUCGACGGCGGCGGCGGCGGCGGCGGCGGCGGCGACUUUGCCUCGGCCGACGCCUCGUCGCUGCUCCUGCCCUCGCACGAGGUGCUGCCCUCGGGCGCGCCCUUUAGCGCCCUGGGCCUCGAGACCGUCUCGGACCUCACCUGGACCGGCUACUUUCACCGCUUCCUCGGCGGCCUCCUGCCCGAGCCUGGGAUGCAAGCCGCCGACGCGCACGCGCAUGCGCACGCCGCGGGCAGCCAGGCCUCGCCGCUGCCGCACCCGCACCAGCCCUCGUGGAGCGGCCACGGCGGCAGCAAUGGCCACGGCAAUGGCAAUGGCAGCGGCAGCACCCCGCAGGCGCAGACGCAGACGACACCGUCGAAUCCGUGGUCGGGCCUCACGCCAGCCUCGUCGCCUGGCUUUGCGCGUGCGCACGCCCAUGCCCACGCCCACGCCCACGCCCAUCCUCACUGA